UCUCAGCAACUACUCCACUCCUUUCCACUCCUCUUCUCUGCUCUCCACUCCUCUCCUUGACGCUCCCAGAGCCUUGGUAGGCAUCGAUAUAGUGGAUAAACAUGUAGUUUAUGAUUCCCUCAGCUCCUCUUUCUGUUCAUCACACAGAUGCUAUGGAACACUGGAGAUGGAGCACUGAUGGUUGUGUAUUUUCACUGGACAUUGGACAAGCUGGAAAAUUGGAAUCACUGGUUUGGGGAACAAAUCUGACUCUGAUGCGUUCAUUCCUGAGGCUAGGAUUGUUCAGAAAGUAUAAAGUAUAUGGAUCCCAGGAACCCCCAAAAUACGAAGAUUGGUGCUGAGUCAAGCGGAAAAAGAGCAGCUGAGUUUUCAAUACAGGAAUCAAACUGCUUGGGCUGGAUGUAGAUGUUUAUUGUGGAACUUACAGGGCUGUUGGAAGAUAAAAAGGUGAUGUUGAGCAAGCAAGAAAGAGGACACAUGCGUCGGAAUGAUACAGGGUUUCACCCCACUCGUCCAAUUUCUGCUCCUGCUCCUCCUUAUGGGAUUUGCAAUGGCUGGUCUACAUCCGUGGGCCCCAGUACAUGUUGCUCUAAGCAAUGCCAGUGUUUUUGUCACAUACACUGCUAACAGCAACAUGACAGACAGCGAACUAUCCAUGGACUUGGUUGACCUUGAUAAGAAUUUAACUGUGCGAACUAGACCUCUGCCGUUCAACCAGUCAGCAGGCAUUGUGGAGUUUGACUGCACAUACUUCCUAUAUGCUGGGAAUUUCAGCUUCAGAUUAGACCAAAUGGGCCACCAGGGUGACCUGAAAAGUACCUCCAGCUGGUGGAGCCCAGUACUACACAUCCAGUGGCCCAUUUUCCACUUUGGAGUGGAACGUACUAACAACAACCACAGCUCUGGUGCUUUUCAGGUUUCUGUGUCUACCAACAUGGACUUCCAUGUCUGCCUGAACAGCAACUCAUCCCUCUACCUAGAGGUCAGCUACAUGGAGCACAACCAGAUUGGGAAGAACACCAUUGACAAGGUGCAGAAACGAACGACACAUGACAUCCAGGUUGUGAAGUCCCAGCAUGUGGACCUCACGUGUGCCUCCCUGCUGACUGAGGCUGGCUUCAUCCAAGUAGCUCUCAAGUCCCACUAUACUCAACAGGACAUCAAAUCCUCAGGACCACUCUAUUUGUCUCGGAUCUUCUCCUACAAGCUUCUGGUUGAGAACAUCUACAGGAGAGGCUGUGAGGGAACAGUGUCUGUCCGCCUGCUCUCUCCACCCUGCACAGUCACCACAGGGAAGGUAUUGCUGUAUAAAGAGGCCAGUGCAGCUGCAGAGCAUGAACCUCCCUCUCAGCUUGCCUUUCACUUUCUCACCCGAGGGGAGAAUGAAACAGAGUUUAAUUGCUCCCAGUUUGAUCUUGGCCAGAAAAAGUACUGCUUUCAUUACGAGCGCAUCUACAGUCAGUCCUCCAGUUUGGCACACACGUGCAUCAUUGUGCAAAGAAAUGCUGUAGACAUGUGGGGCCCAUGGCAAACAUGGAGUGGGUGCAGUGUGACCUGUGGAGAAGGGGUGCGAGAGCGUAUGCGUGAGUGCCUGCUGCCCCCUGGUGGUGGGAUACAGUGCACUGGCAUGGUUCGAGAGCAGUCACUCUGCUCCCUGGAGGACUGCACAGACAUCCUGCCUCCCGUUUCUGUCCCACCUCCUCCAACUGUGGACUCCUUUCUUGGAGGAAAUCUAGUUGUCGUGGCUGGCAUCUCUCUCUGUCUGACUGUCAUCCUGGUCACUAUUCUCAUCACAGUGUGGAGGAAAUUGUGCCAUGCCCCAAAGUGUAGCUCAGCACGGCCUGAGUCUAUGCAUUCUCCCGGCGGACGCAAGAACUCGGAUGAGGCUUCUAUUUGUGGACGCAGCAUGCAGAGGCCUAGUUUCUCUGAGAGUGUAGGGGCAGCUGCACUUCAGAAAACCCAAACAUGCCCUAUGUCUAUGCGAACAGCAUCAGACAAGGGGGUACUGGCCUGUCAGCAGAGUUUCUCCCUCCCCACACCCUUACCCCAGGAUCCUGAGAGGCUGUCCCCCUCUGGUCAAAAGAUUCUUCCACCCAUUUUUGGUUACCGUUUGGCACAGCAGCAGCUUAAGGAAAUGAAAAAGAAAGGACUUAAAGAGGCCACACAAGUCUAUCAUGUCUCCCAGAGUCCUGUUGAUGACAUCAUGGUGGAAGCCACAGCCUCAACAUCUGCUGGACUUACGCCGGUGCCUCAGGACCUGGAAAGUCAAGAAGAAGUCAAUAUCGGUCACCUCCGCAAAUCCCCUUUCACAGAGCCCACAUGGUCUCACAGAAGCUCUGCCACUCUGCCUGACAGACUGAACCCCAAGGUCAAGGUGGACCUUAUUUCUGCCACACCAAAAGCUGUUUUUAGUGAUCGGGAUCGACGGCAAGAACGCACUGCAGACUGGGUGGCAAUGGUGGAACGAACCAGACUCAGUUUUUCUAAGAAUCCAAAAUUCAGGAGGACAUCUAGCUUCAACGAAAGCAACCUGCAGCAGUUACCUAAGCCACAGCCUUUUAGGGAGCGAAGCAUGACUCAAGUGGCCCCCCGUCAGCUUCCAGAAGGCAGCUGUAGAACCAGAGCCUGGGAGCAUCCAAUACCUGAGAUGGAGGACUGGUCUCAGACGAAAUAUAGGAUGCAUGACAGCUGUAGUGACCAUCAGCAGCGACCUUGGGUAGAUAUACCUUCCUUCUCAAAAUCCAAACCCUCAAUGGGUUAUUCAGGGACUUCAAUACCAGCAAAAAAUCGAGUAACUGACACUUCUGGAGUGGGCUGGACUCCAUCUUUUGGGAUGGAUCGAGUAGAAAGGGCAGAACAAAAUUGGAACAGGAGAGGUCCGUCACCCAUCCAGAGGAACAUUUUGGCCAGAAAGUUGCGAGAAGCCAAUUCAUCAACCAGCCACCACAGACAGCGAAGUUCUACGUUCUCUAGCUGUGAUCAGAGCAGGGGCCGAUGCCGAAGCCUCCCACUCUCUGCAGACUAUAGCAGCUCCUCCUAUGGCCUGACUGAGGAUGAGCAGCGAAUGAUGGACAUUUCUGGAUAUCUGGGAGAAGAGGAUGGAACAGAAAUAAUGAAAGAACUCUGACUUACCUGAUUUAUAUCUCAGAAUGUCCAGAUCAGAAACUCCAGAGCUGAAUUCCCACAAUUAAAUGUUUCUCUGGUUGUUGUGGUUUGCCUUUUAAAAUAAGUUUAGAGCCUUUACUUGGGAAUGACCAUUUUGAUAACAACUUGUAUAAUUAGCUGAAUGAUAAAUAAUUUAUUAUUUUUGUGGAUAAAUUUCAUUUUAUUUUCAUUAGUUAUCUAUUAACAUCACAAGUCAUAUUAAAUGUGCACACUACAGGAAUUUUAUUCUCAGAUCAUACAGUGUGCUCUGAAGAGAUUUAGUAUGUUAUUGGCAAAUGAUUAACAAGUUAAAUAUACAGUAAGCAUUGUUACUUUAGAAGCAUUGUUAAUGAACAUACAGUGGUGUUUGAAAGUUUGUGAACCCUUUAGAAUUUUCUAUAU